CGCUCGGGGCGCCUCGUGGGUCUGUGGGUGACGCGGAGUGUGUCGGGUGUUGAGGGGUGAACUAGAGGGAACACUUCAUAGGGGGACUCAUAGGGAUGAAAGUUCAACUCCUGGCCCUUCACGGGACACCCCAAGAGUCACCCCAUGUGCCUCAGUGUUGUCCAGACGCUUCUUGAACUCUCUCAGGCUCGGUGCUGUCACCACUUCCCUGGGGAGACUGUUCCAGUGCUUGACCACCGUCGGGGUGAAACUUUUCCCGAUAUCCAGUUCUGCGGGCACCCUCGCAGGUGUUUUUCGCCAGUGUUUUCAGUGCUGGGGUUUGGGUGCUGAGCAGGAGGCACGGUGCUGGCUCGGAGGAGCACGGGGCUGGGGAUCCGGGAGGAGGGGUCUGGAAGGUGACAGGUUGUGCUGUUGACGUGGGUGGCCUGGGCGUGCGCUCACAAACUCCCCGGAGAACAGCGCAGGAAGCGACUGGAGCCAUCGGGAAAGGGAAAAGUGGCUGGAGGGGAAGCAUAUCUGUGUGGGGACAGAAAUUGGUCACAAUUCCAACCAUAAAUUGGAAGCUUACUGUGGUGAAAUUGCAUAGGUAUGGUCUGAGAGGAGCUCGCUUGGUGUGAUGUGUUUUUCUCACACCGUGGUGAGAUCUCAACAGCUGUGAAUUUUGUUCUGGCUGGGGUUAAGCCCGAGUGCUGCUACAGCUGCCUGCGGGGCAAAGUGCUGCUUUCUCUGUGAUGUGUGUCAUCGGGGGCUGGUAACGCAGCUCCUGUCACAUUGCUCCGUGUUUGAGCUCAGGUGGAUGUUCUGCAGUUUGCUUGCCCUUGCACUCCUCUAUCUGUAGAAGUCUUAAAAGGGCCUGACACAACUGGUUUGCAUGAUGAACAAUGAACUCUGCAAAGAGGAGUUUCAGGGGAACAGAGACUACAAGUGAAUGAGAACUUCUCUCUACAGAACUGAGGUGAAGAACUUCACCAUGGGUCAACAGAUUUCAAACCACACACAAACUGUAAUUAACAAGUUGCCAGAAAAAGUAGCAAAGCAUGCCUCUUUGGUUCAAGAAAGUGGUUUCCUAACCUAUGAAGAGUUUCUGGGAAGAGUAGCUGAACUUAAUGAUAUUACUGCAAAAUUGGCUUCUGGACAAGACAAACAUCUGUUAUUUGAAGUGCAGCCUGGGUCUGAUUCUUCUGCUUUCUGGAAGGUGAUCGUUAGGAUAAUAUGUACCAAAAUAAAUAAAACAAGUGGCAUCGUGGAAGCUUCCAGAAUCUUGAACUUAUAUCAGUUCACUCAACUUUAUAAAGACAUCACCAGUCAAGCAGCAGGAGUUCUUGCACAGAGUGGUACUUCUGAAGAAGCUGCUGAGAGUUGGAUGUCUCUGAAUUCGUGUCAGGCCAGCUUGUGGAUGGGAAGGGUUAAACAGCUGACAGAUGAAGAGGAAUGUUGCAUCUGCAUGGAUGGACGUGCUGAUUUAAUCCUGCCGUGUGCUCACAGUUUCUGCCAGAAAUGCAUUGAUAAAUGGAGUGACCGCCACAGAAACUGUCCUGUGUGCCGCCGGCAGGUGACCGGGGCAGGAGACUCCUGGGUGGUGUCAGAGGCCCCUACAGAAGAUGACAUUGCCACUUACAUCCUGAACAUGGUGGAUGAGGCUGGGCAGCCCCACAGACCCUGACCCUGCCCACCACGCUGAUCAUGGCACAACCACUUGAAGUUUUUUUGUCUUACCUCUCCUCGCCGUUCUUCCACAGUCUGUCCUUUCCCUCUCCUCUUGGCUGCUGGGAGUCUGCACUGCUCUCCUAAAGCACAGGGUGUCUGAGCAGUCUAUAUGUGUGCAGUCUUCAUUAUUAAACUGUUCUUCAGCAAAUUCUUUGAUCAUUAACACGGUUUACUUUAACAACAGCGUUUGAUAUUAAUUAACAAUUCAACUACUCGAUGAAGAAACUUGUAACAGCACAACUACAACUGCAAACUGCUGUUUGAGCAUCACAGUGUACUGCUGCAGAGAUGAACCAUGGCAGAUGGCUUGACCUCACAGUUCCUACCCUUAAAAGCAGUCCCUUAUUCACAACUAAUGUGGAUAAAGAUGAGGAGUUAGCACUAGUUGUUACUAAUUUGAAAUUUUACUCUUGAAACUUGAAGAUGUCCCACUGCCUGUUCUUCAGUAGGAAGUUAUUGCUGCUCUUAGUGUUUACAGACACUUAAUCUGAUUUGUAACAACUUUUAGUAUUAAUUAUUUUAAAUCUGUUUUAGAGUGUGUAGGCAGGUCUGUAAAUGUACUCGUGCACUUCCCCUUAUUCUUCUAAAAAGACUAAUCUCUUAGAACAUUUUUAAAAAACGAUAUUUAGCAUAGUCUUAUUAGCUUGGAAACAUUAAACAGUUUCAUACACAAUCUUAAAAGCAGUAAAUCAGUUUCUCAGUAGUUUUUGAUAAAGAACAGCUAAAAUUAUUUCUAAACAUUGGGCAUAUAUGAAGAUAAUGCCUUUAUUUGAAAUAGCACUUAAAUGUGUAGUUUAGUCUGAUGCUGUGGUUUUAUUUGCUCCUCUUGAGUUUUUGAAGUGAUGAGAUCAGAGUUUAAAGGUAUAUGAAGAGUUACAAGUGAUAAUCUAAGCAAGGGUGCUUUACUUUCUAUCUACAAGUGCAAUAUGCUUUCAUGUAGCAGAGGGAAACUUUAACAAUAAUGUGGCUUAGAGUGAGAUGUGCAUGUGACAGCCUGGAAAGGGAUAUCACAACUGGAGUGCAGCAGUAUUUUAUGUCUAACAGAAUAAAGUCUUUAAAGACCUGAGUUUAGACAGUCUAAAACUGUUAGUAUUCAGGAAACCCAUCUUAAGCCUCUUAUGCAUAAGUAGUGUUAUGGAAAUGAAUGGCUACUGUAGAGAAUUAAUUUAUAAAUAUAUAUAUAUCUUAACAAAUACUACUUUUUCUCACUCAGUAACCUCAAGUUAAAAUAUUCAAGUGUAGCAUUUGAGGAAAUAUCAGCAUAAAUCUUGCUUACUGUGAGACUGCAUUUUUCCUUAUCAUACCUGUCAAAAUUCCAUGAUGCCAUAAGGCUUAAGUCCUUUUGUCACAGACAGGUUCUGAACUAAAAGGCAUGUGCACAUGUAGAUAUGCACAUUUAGGUUAUUUUUCUUAAUUGGCUACAAAAUAACUUAAUUGCAUCAAUUUGUUGAAGAAUGUGCACAGCAUAUGGCACCCAUUUGAGCUUGGCUUGUGACACCAUUGUCAAAUUUAUCCUAGGUUUUAAGACAGAGAAGCAGCAUAGCCUUCAUGUGUCUGUCAUCUGAGAGCUGGUAUGGCUUAGUGUGUAAAUCUGUAUUUAGCUGGGGAAAAAUCCUUUUAGGAGUGUAUAUAGCUGAGAACUCUUUAUUUUAUUUUUCCUCUUUUCUUAAGCCAUUGAUAGCAAUGAGAUACUCUUCAGUAAAUGUAUGGAGUGUUUGGUUGCAUAAAGGUGGUUAUUGUUUGGGCUGGAAAUUGUUACUGGCCCAGGAUUUCCCACUCAAACAUGUGCAAAUAUUCCUAAUGCACCAGUUUGGUUUCUUUUUGCUUUUUGAGCUUGCAUUAGUCCACGUUCAGAACUUUCAAAUAACCUUUGAAUUUUUUAAACUUUUUAUAUCACUGGAACAGAAAGAACAUCUAAAUGAAAGCUUCAAGCUAACUUUAUUUUUCAAGUACUUCAAGAAUUAUACUUCUGAACUGAGAUUUUAUAAGUUGACUUUCUGCUGAGAACUUAAAUGAACUUCUUAAAAUGUAAUUUUAUAAUGAUGCAAACAGGUUGUUAAUUGCAGCAUAAUGACAAUUACAAUAUAAACUAAUGCAAAAAUUAUUUAAAUAGUGAAAAAGUAAACUUUGUAUUCUGUACAGCUUUUUUAAAUUAAGUUGCUGUAAUUCACACUGCUGUGAUGUAGAUACUGUAAUGUGUGCCUUGUAAAAUAUAUGUACUGUAUGUUAUAUGGAGAAAUAGAUACUUUAACACUGAAAAACUAUUAGUUUGGUACUGGUUGGUAUUACUUAGUCUGAAGUGCAACAUUCAGCAAACAAUUUUGGAAAAGGAAUCUAUUGGCAUGGACAUGGCAAUGAGUUCCAAAAGCUUGACCUUGAAAAUGUGAAUUACUGCAAAUAGCUGUUGGUGGGGGGCAUUAGAACAAAUUAACUUUCUUGUGUUAAGCGAACAUUUCUUACAGGUUUAAUGUGAAAUUGUAACUGAAGCAUUAGAGAUGGUUUUAAUAGCUAAGAACAUUCCUCAUAUUAAACUUUGUGUAUGAAUUGUGCAAUAAAGUUACUUUGGAAGAAACGUCAGAGUUCUUUUAAGCUUAAGGAAUCUUUUGGCUUUAGUAGCACAGAAGUCUGAAAACUGAGUUUUGAUCCAAAUAAAAUUGCAUUGUACAGGUGGUGUGGUUAAAAGUGUGGCACUGUGAGUCAGAGCUCUCUUAAAUUUUGAAGGGUGGUGUCAGCAAGGUACCUCAAUGAAGCUCUGCAAAAAAACCCAAAACCUUGCUCUGAUUUGACCUCUUGUAGGUACACAAAUAAAUUAAAACGUUUUGCAGUGAUAGGAAAAAUUAAACAACUCUUAAUUCUUAGAGGACAAUACUGAGGAGCAGGUUUGUUAAGGGAAAGGAUUUUUAUUUUCAGAGAAGUGUGAUAACACUUUUCCCCCAAGUUACUUCAUCAUGUUUCUGAUGGUAUUUUAAUGUUUAAGAAUGCUAAGGUUUGGAAUAUUUUUUCUUAAUUUUUCCUUGUUUUAAGAACUGAAAUAUGUAAUUAAUGUAACUCUUUCCUCUCUCUAGUUACUUGGCUUAUCUGUCUGGAUCUUUCGAAGCCAAGGCAGAAAUGUGAGAGGAAUUCAUUAA